CGCAGCUGUGAUUGGGAAAAGCUGUGGGGUAGGGGCCGGAGAGGGGCAUUUGAGGUUGAAGUUGAGGUUGGUGCUGGAGGUGUUAACAAGACUGAAUGGAGUAGGGCCGGAGGUGUGUUGGUGGUUAUUUUUUCACCAUAACGGCAACUACUUGGGGCUGAACUGUGGAAGGGACGCUUUUUCGAGCACUUUUGAUUAUUUUCUCGACCUUUCACCUUAGCUUGGUUCGUGCGUAAAACGGAUGAACACAUUGAACAGUCUUAUCUGACAUCUUUAUUUUUUACUUCUCGGAAGUGCACUGUCUUUACUUUCAGGGAUGUCUGAAAGACCCCAGAGUCCCGACUGCCAAACCCGGCCGUAUGACUUCAGCCGGACAAACCUUGGCACCCAGAGUUUGGGUCAGGAUACUUUGGGCAGCGCGGCGUCAUUCCAGCUCUCUCACGGCAUGCUAACCGACCCGAGCUUUCUAUACAACAAAACCGCUUACGGAGGCAUCACAUCGGCUCCUGCGCAGACCUUCUUCCCUUUCCCUCCCGUCACCAGUGACUACAGGGGAUCCGAUUUGCAGGCCGGAGAGUUUGGGCAACCCAAGCACUGGUAUCCCUUUGCUGCAUCCGAGUACACCGGCCAGGUACCCGGCGUAACAGCAGCUACCCAGCCUGUAAAUUUGAGUCCUCCCAUCGCUGAAACCAGGGAGCAGAUCAAACUUCCCGAGAUAAAGUCCGAGAAGGACAGCGUUCAUGAUGGCUACCCAACGGAGGUGAAGGUUCAGCAAUACCCGGCCUCGGCCGCCAUGCCGCACGGAGUGUUUUAUUCUCCGGCCUGGAACCCGUCCUUCUGGCCCGGAAUCACCCACAUUACCCCACCUGGGAGCAAUAAUCAAAACCCAUCAACGUCCUCCGCUUCUUCGCCAUCUAUGUCCCCUUCACCCCCGAGCAGUGGUCUUCCAGGGAACGCUUUUUUCAGCGUGAACAGUACGCAGGCUACCUCCGGGCCUCAGGCGCAGAAUCCGGCCUCCUCUGCGCGGAGCAGCGGUUCCUCCAGCGGCGGCUGCAGUGACUCCGAGGAGGAGAAUCUUUCCACUGAAGAAUUGGAGCAGUUCGCUAAGGAACUGAAGCACAAACGCAUUACUUUGGGUUUCACUCAGGCGGAUGUUGGACUAGCUCUUGGUAACCUUUAUGGUAAGAUGUUCAGCCAGACGACCAUUUGUCGCUUUGAGGCUCUGCAGCUGAGCUUCAAGAACAUGUGCAAGCUGAAGCCCCUUCUUCAGAGAUGGCUGAACGAGGCAGAGACCUCGGACAAUCCCCAGGAUAUGUACAAGAUUGAGCGAGUAUUUGUUGACACCAGAAAGAGAAAACGGAGGACCAGCCUGGAGGGGGCUGUGCGCUCUGCUCUGGAGUCUUACUUCAUCAAGUGUCCCAAGCCCAACACCCAGGAGAUCACACAUAUCUCAGACGACUUGGGUCUAGAAAGAGAUGUUGUACGUGUUUGGUUUUGCAACAGAAGACAAAAGGGAAAGCGUCUGGCCCUGCCGUUAGAUGAGGAGUGCGAUGGCCAAUACUACGAGCAGAGUCCCUCUCCACUUGGUAUGGCCCAAUCUCCCAUUCCCAGUCAGGGCUACUCUACUUCUAGCUACCCCAGUGCCCCUCCUCCCACACUCUACAUGGCCCCACUUCACCGGCCAGACAUCCUGAAACAAGCCCUGCACCCUGGACUGGUUAGUCACCUGACUGGAUAAGCGUGCUUGGGCAGGAGCACAGAUUGCAUUCCCACAUUUUAAUCAUCCAACUCAAACUCAAUCUGAGCCUCCAGGUCGAAGUACUACGUCCGCAGCAGUGAGAUGGAUCAAACGUGUAGAAAUUGUGACUUAAGGAACUGCCAUGGCCCACAUCCUCCUUCACAACUCAAAACUGCACAUCAGCUUUUUAACUUCAAGAACUAUGAAGUAAUGUUGCUCAUGUUUUUACGUGUUCUUGGAUGUUGUGUUGUAAAAGGAUUUUGUAGGAUGUUUCCAUCACAGUUCUCAAAAAGUGCCAGUAGCCUGAGUCAACUUAUGGAUCGUAAAACCAAGUAGAGCUAAGGUUAAACUUGUACUUAGUUUGGGGAAGUUUGCUGUGCCCUAAAUGAGGAAUGGUUAUGUCUGAUGAAAUGACCAGAGUUUCACCAUUUAAGUCAACAUUUGUGCAAUACUUACAUGUCUUAAUUGAUCAGAGCAGCUACAUUUUUUUGUCCAGAGUAUUUUUGAAAUGGAAAAUCUGACUUCUUAUUCAGGGUGUGUAUUUCCAUGGAUUUUGCACAAAGUUGCCUUUUUUGAUAUUGAGUAUUAUUUUUUUUUGUACAUUUGUGCCACAUGUAUUGGAAGGCUGAGACUCUGAGAUCUCCAGCAAGGAUUUUUAACUUUAACUGGGAUGGUAUGAUUGAAAAUAAUAUUUUUGGGGAUGUGACAAAUGACUUUGCGUGUCUUCGUUGUACUUCUGCCAAUUGCACACUCUUUUGAACAAUGUUAACUCAGGUGAUAGACAUUGAGAGCCAAGUUGUAUUUCAAUACCUCAUGAAUUUAUUGUGAAGGAAUUUUGUUAAUGAAAUGUUGAACAACUAAAAGUCAAGUUUGGGGGCUCACUGGAGUAAUUCUCUCAUCUGGUCUUGUUUGGUAGGCAUGUUUCAGGUGACAUUUACUUACUAGCAUUUACCUUGUGACUUAUAAGUCUCAUGCUUGGCUGUGACAAAGAAGAGUUGGGAAUAAAAUCUGAAUAAUCAGAGACGGAAUAUCUUCCAUAAAAUUGGUAAAUGACCUCUGUCAUUAACUUGUUAAAUGAGAAUUACUGCUGCAAUAUUCACCUGUGUUUGAGACUACAAUCAUACCUGUUUGAAACUACAAUGCAGUUUUUUUCUCUACAGAUUGUAAAUCAAUUAAAUUAUAAUUUAUUGAAACAUUAGCUACAUCUAGAGGUUUUCAAGUUGAACCAUAAAUGUAUCUGCAUCCAGUCAUUCAGGCAAAACUUUCAUUGUGUGUAUAUAAGUGUCUUGUUUUUCAGUAAAUAUGUGCCACCAAAAUUUGUGAAAUAUCUUCUGUUUUUGUGCUUUCUUAAAAAAAGGACUGCUCUAGUAUUAAAGCAUGUUGAGACAUA